AUGAUUCAAGUCGGUCACCAUCCCGACUCCUUCGUCCAGCAGCCUGACCCAGCUUACUUGUGCCCUAUUUGGUGAGUUAAUAAUCUGUUCCUAGCUCGAAUGCCAAAAUGAAAGCCGCGAUUUUAUUCUGAUCGCAUUUUUCUUAUUUAUCUGCGGCUCAGAUGUAAUAUAAGAAAAGGAAUCCACAAACGUUCGGAAUACCAUAUUGAUGAGUUCAAAUUGUGCAAAGUAUCUUCCUGGCGAAGGCAGUCCAUGAUAUUUGAUCUUCGGUAGGCAAUCGAUAUAUUCAACAAAACUGACACUUUUGAAAAUCCAAGGCUGUACUGUAACGGCGCCCGGUCGCCUGAGGCGACUAACAUUUACCUCCGGGCGAGUGGAAAAAAUGCCCUGUUAGAUACUAGUGAUAUAGUUUACUAGAGGAGGCUGAUGUUCUUUGUCACAAAUCCUGGAUUCGAAAAUUUCAAACUCAAAGAAUGCCUUCAUCUUCCCUAUCACUUGACAUCCGGAGUACUGUACAAAUUUUGUCCUUCUCUUUUCCCUUACAGUCAAUACGUUAUACGUCAAGCUGUGGCAUGCAACGAGGGCCACCUCUUCUGCCGUACCUGCCUGCGACAUUGGAUAAAUGCGCAUGGACACCCAAACUGCCCUGUCGGAAGGCAGCCCCUCCAAGCCUCUGAUGUCAGAGGCAUAAUUACUUUCGACAGGGUAGUCGAUUCCCUUGAAGUGUAUUGUUCAAGACGAACGGACGGGUUUAAUUGG